AUUAGUAAAAUCAGCCCCAAGCUGGGUUCACAGCUAGUAGCUCGUCUUGAAGCUACCGGCGACGAGGAGGCGAAAGCCAUGGCGAGCCAGCGUCCGGUGAUGCUCUUGCUCCUCCUCUUCAUCCCCUCGCUGCUGUCGCCGGCCGCCCGCGCCGCGGAGACGCCGCAGUAUUCGAUGGUGCACAAGGAGUCGGACUUCGAGGUGCGCCUGUACCGCGACACCGUCUGGAUGUCUGCCCCCUCCGACGAAAUCUCCUUCCACGUCGCCACCAAGCUCGGCUUCCAUCGAUUGUUCCAGUACCUGAUGGGCGCAAACCUCAACUCCUCCAGGAUCAGAAUGACGAACCCUAUCCUAACCAGCAUCGUUCCUGGCGCAGGGCCUCUGCACUCCUCAGCCUAUUUCGUGCGGCUGUACUUGCCAGCAAAUUUUCAAGCUUCCCCUCCCGUCCCUCUCCCAGAACUGAACCUCCGUCCAGAUAGGUGGCCGAGCCACUGCAUUGCUGCCAGGAGCUUCCCAGGUUACGCACGGGACAACAAUGUCGUUGAGGAGGCCAAGAAACUCGCCAUGAGCUUGAGCCGCUCACCGUGGGCAAACUCCACAAACUACCCAAGUGAGAACGCUUACUCAGUCGCGCAGUAUAGCAGCCCCUUCCGCAUCAUUGGCCGUGUCAAUGAGGUUUGGUUCGAUGUGGACUGCAAAUCUGCUGGUGUUGAGACUUACUGAAACGGUGUGCAUCCUGUGUCAUCACCAUAAACCGUGUUUAAUGUGCAUCGGUGUACAUGAUGUAUAUAUGUAGCAAAUCAACUUGCAUUCGGAAUGUGCGACUGGUAAAUGUUUCCACCGUGAUGAUUCCAGUUCUCGGGUAAUAAAAUACUUGUAAGUUAUUCAUACAGCUAAUUGAAAACAAAUUUGAAGAUA